AUGGCCGGGCAAAGGACGGGAACGCGGCUCCGGCCCACAAUGCCAACUGUCAGGGACCGCUGUCGUUGUUUUUGUUUGAGGAAGAUGCGCGAUGAACCGUUUGGUGUUGUUGCCCCCCUCCAGACAUCACCGGUGGAGGAGGACAUUGCGGAUCGUGAAGCGGCCGCGCUCCGUGCUGGCGCGGAUGACCUCGGGACGCUGGAAGGACGCAGAACAAGGGGUCUGGUAAGAUGCCUGAUGCUCAUUUCGGUCGGUGUCACUCGGAUGAACCUCCGGCGUACGAACAGGAGGCAUGUUGGCGGUGGUCGUUAG